AUGACCAGUACUCGGAAACAUCCGUUGAAGGGCAGUGUCGGCCACAUCGUGCACCACAAACAGAUGCGGGCAGGAUGGACGACGUCCACUCCUACUAGCCUAGCUGAAUUCCGACCUAAUCAGGUCAACAUCGUUCUUGAGCUCUGGACAGUCAACAUAAUGGAAAGCGACUACCAAGACAGACAUAUCUCAGAGUUCCUCGAUUUUGUGAAGAAACACUGGAAGACAACUCCGAAAACGACGGAAUCGAACGCGAUCAAGGGGAAGAGGAAGCACCCAAGUCCUACCAAGGUCCCUAGGAAGAAGAAGGUGAUCGUGAUUGACGACUCGGACGGCGACUAG